AUGAAAGUUUCUGAUAAUAUUUCUGAGUCGAUUGAUAAAAAUUCUAAUGAGUCAAAUUUUGAAGUAAAUAAUAGUAAUAAUUCAAUGACAGAUAGCAAAUUGAGGAUUUUAUUGGACGAUAUUGGGGAUUUUAAUUGGCUUAUUAGUCCGGAUAAUGCAAAUAACCCUGAGUCGAAUGACAACGAUGAGAUUACAAAUCCAGAUAAUAUUAUCAAUAAUAAAACUUUUGGCAAAACUUCUAAUAAUAAUUCAGAACCGAAUGUUGAUUCAAAUAUCAAUGAAACAUCUAAUAGUGACC